GACCUCGGAUCCGCAGGUCACGACGCACCGCGGACCCGCGCCCCGCCCCCGCGCCGCUGAGCCUUUAUAACCGCCCGGAGCCCUCCGACCACCAGGCUGAGCUCCGCUUCCACCGCCGCUGGGAGCCGCUUCUGGGAACGUUUUGGGAACCUGGAGCCACGGAGGGGAACGACGUCAAACUAAAGGAAGGAGAGAUGGAGGUUUGUCACACUGGAUUCUACACUGAGGACUUCAGCACGCAGGAAGUGCCUGCAGGCUUCGACUUUGCGUCUUAUGACUGUCCAGGUGAAGACCCGUCCCUCCUGUUGGACAGUAAAGCCUUCGGGUCGCAGCAGUACUACCCAGAACCACCUAAAGCUCCAAACCUUUACCACCACAGCAAAGCAGGUACCGCCGAUACCGGACUCUUGAACCUGGACUCACACCAGGACUUUACCUGGCUGUACCCGGACGACGGUUUGACUCUGGACCAGAACCAAACUGGGUACCAGGAGGCCCUGCAGACCUACCAGAACCUGCCUCAGGCCGGACCGUUCAGCCCGGGCCUGGACGGCAGCCACAGCCCGUUUCUGACCCGGAAAGGAUCCAACCCGUUCCAGAGUGAGACCCUCAGCCCAGCAGCGCCACUCCGGGCCUGGGGAAAGUUACACUAUAAAAGCGAUCAGAGUUUCUACGACUCAGACGGACACAGACAGAUUUCUUCCUUCUGGCCUGAAUAUUCACCUCCCAGCUUCACCUCCACCCCGCUUCACCCUCCUCUUCCUCCUCCUCCUUCGUCCUGCCCCUCUAACCCCAGCACUCAGCCUGCAGAGCACUACUGCCCCCGUGUGGCCAAGCGCAAGAACACACACCUGCAGAGGCCAGAGAGGGAGGGGCAGGUAACGGGAAUGUCAGCGUAUCCAGGUUCUGGUCCCAUCCAGCUGUGGCAGUUUCUACUGGAGCUUCUUCUGGACUCCGCCUGCAGAACCUUCAUCUCCUGGACCGGAGACGGAUGGGAGUUUAAGAUGUCUGAUCCCACCGAGGUGGCCAAGCGCUGGGGUCAGUGCAAGAACAAGCCAAAGAUGAACUAUGAGAAGCUGAGCCGCGGCCUGCGCUACUACUACCACAAAAACAUCAUCCACAAGACGGCGGGCAAACGCUACGUCUACCGCUUCGUCUGCGACAUGCAGGGCAUGCUGGGAAAGACGGCGCAGGAGGUCCUGAGCAGCCUGAGCGUCUCACCCACAAACACAGAGACGUGGCCGGCCUCCGGGGGGGCGGCGGCAGCCGAGCCCAGCGGCGGGCCCUGGUGAGGGCCGGGUCCAGCCGGGUCCAGCCGGGUCGGGACCUCUGCCAGAACCAGAACAUCCUCAGAGGAUGAACCUGCUUCAGGAAAUGUAGAGAUGCUGCAACCAGCAAAAACACAAAGCAAAAAAACUUUGUUUCAUGUAAAAUGUUUGGAACCUCCAGACCAGAGAAGCACUACGAAAUUUCACCUGAUGCUCAGAGGACAAGAGUAAAUAUUGUUAAUAAGACGAUCUUGUAGAGUUUUGUGCAUUUAUAUUAUUAUUAUUAUUAUUUUUUAUACAAAACUCAUUUCUACCUCCUUUGCUACAGAGAAGAACAACCUGGUGUUUCGUUCAGACACCUGGAGAAAAUAGUUUCAUCGGUUUCUGAUGAAUAUUUGUGUAAAUAAACUAUUUCAG